UGUAAUUACCUAUUCCCUCAUCACUACAUACAGAGCUACAUAUAUCUUAAACUGCCAUGGCUAUGCUAAUAACCACCACUCUCCCAGGGCACUAAUUGUGCCUAUUAGAGGCUUAAUUCAUAUGUAGAUAUGUUUCCAAUGCAAACACUUCAACAUGUACAAACUGUGGAAAAUUGUCUCUACUAAAUACUGGUUAACACCAAAACGAGCGGGUUAUGACUUAGGCCAUGCUAUAAAGAUGGAAGUGAUUAACAUAGAGGAGGGCCGCUACGAGCAAAGAGACCUUUUACCAAGCAGCAGCGGCUCAAACAGUUCCAGCAUUACUGAAAGCAACUAUAGCAGUGAGCAAUCUAGCAAUGACCUGGACAAGUCAGACGAAGAAGACUUAAGAGAAGACCUACAGAAAACCAUUAGAGAAUGCUACAAGUCUGACUCAAACUUUACAUCACACACUAAAGACAUCACAAAUGACGAAGAGUUCCAAGCUACAGCACUAUGUCAAUUUAUGGAUAUAUUGAAUGACUUAGAUGAAGUUUUAGACAAAUCUCUGCUUGCAUGUCUUGACGAUGGAGCUAAGAAUUAUGAUAGCGAUGAAGGAGACCUUAUUUGUAAGAUUAAAGAGUGCAUUGGGGAUGCUGGACAUUCAGAAGAUGCACACUGUUCUAUUGAUGAUAAUGCUCAAGUAGUAACUGCAAGUAUACCUAACCAAGAAGUUUUUACCAACAUUCCCGAAAGACCUAUCCAUGCGCUUGGCCGCUCUAAAAGCUUUGCAGAACUAUCUGGGAAUCAUAGAGAAGUCCCAUUAGAACGUGCAGGCACGAUAAAUGACAACUUAAGAAGUUCAAUGCGUCGUCUCGACCCAAUAGUACUGCCAGCUAUAUCGACUGAGGAAUCCAAUGAACCGUUAACAUUACCUGUGAUCUUAUUUUUGGAGCAUCAUGUGAAUUUGAGGCCGACUAGUGCUCCCAUACAGUUACAAGUGACAGCGGCUAAUUUAAGCAGUGACGGGGCUUCAGGGCCUUUGAUAGUUGGUCGUAGGGCUUUGCUUAUGAACCGGGCUUUAAGUCUGCCGUCGCCGGGAGAUAGUGAUGUUACUGGGGACUGGACAGGGCGGAGCGCGAGGAGCACGGCGCGGAGCUCGAGCUCUUCCAGUGACUCUGGUGAGAGCUUGACUGGGGUCACUGCUGCGGAACAAACUGCUAUUGGUGCCGCUGAAGACAGAAACGAGGAGACUGAAGAGCCGCCGUUCGGCGUGUGGCCUCACCGCAUGAGCGCCAUGUUAGCUUGCCUGAGCUGCACCGUCGGCAUAUUCAAUAUCUCCCGCUUCGCCAUUUUUAGCGUCCAUUUCGGAGCCAACUUCAUUAUACAGUUUCUGAUAUUGUCGCUUUUGAUCGGUAUACCCCUAUUCACUCUCCACCUCUGCCUCGGCCAAAUCUUGGAGUCAGGCCCCGUAGAUAUGUGGAGGAUAUCACCCAUUUUCCAAGGAGUUGGAGUAUCCAUGCUUAUAAUGCAGACAGUGACGGGCAUAUACAGUAUUAUAGGACUGUCAUGGAUUUUCGUGUACUUCAGAGACUCGUUUAUAACGUCGAAUGAUAAAUACAAAUGGGCGUUGCCACACGAGUUUAGUUUUGAAGAUUCCGGAAACGCAAGCUUCAAAAUCCAAGACACACUACCACAAUACUUCCACGGAGAGGUUUUACAAAAGAACCAAGGUUCUAGCGGUAUGGGGACGAUCAAGUUUCAAGUGGCGUUUAACCUGGCUGUCGUUUGGAUGAUCGUGUUUGUGGCGCUUAGCAAAGGGUUGCGGUCUUAUGGCAAGGCAGUCUACAUGCUAAUAUUCCUACCAAUGUGCGGCACGCUGGUCCUCUGCACGAAGCUACUGACGCUCAUACCCUACGACUCUGUUACAAAUAUCUUCUCAGAGACGGAUUGGAGUGAAUUUUUCAAAAACGGCCAUAGUUGGACCGCAGCCGCCCAAGAAACCUUCCUAACCUGGGGCCUCCUCGGCGCCUGCGUGAUGCAGCUAACCUCCCACAAGAACGCCAAGACAAAAAGCAGCAAAGUGCUGCAGAAGGAGAGCGCGUGUAUAGUGGCCUUUACAUUCGCCGUGCUAUUAUUGGCCUCGUUCCUGGCUAAUACGUGCGUGCAGAUACUGAAGAAUUACGGUUACUCGUAUAUACCGGGGAGCUAUGAAACCGUCGAGUCCACCCAAUUCCUCUGGCCCACCUCCGAACCUCUGCCCGGCAAGGUCGUGUCCUUACCCGUCCGCAACCGCGGACACUACGCCAGUCUCGUCGGAGUUACUGUAUGGAAGACGGACAACACAGCGAAGCUAACGCUUAGUGGUUGGCAGCCAUUGCAGUUGGCCACUCAAAUUGUACCUGCGACUUUAGCUGUCUUACCGGCGAAUGUGCUCUCACCAGCCUGGGCGGUCAUCUUCUACUUCAUCCUCAUCAUGUUCGGAAUAGCGCAACAACUAGCCAUAUGGCACUGCGUGAUAACAGGCAUUAUGGCUAUCAACGCUUCGGCUUUGAAAGUUUGGGAGACGACCAUCACUUUCCUUAGCUGCGUGAUCGGGCUUAGCGUUGGACUUGUGUUUACUACCGACGCGGGUGUCCGUUUAGUCCACUUCAUAGACUACGUAUGGGUCGGGUCGUGGGUGACGUGCGCGGUCCAAGUGGCCCUGACGGUUGGCGUGUUCGUGGUCCGCGGGCGGCCAUACUCGGCCGAUAAAGUGGUCACCGCGCUGUAUUCAGCGAGGACACGGACUGAAACCGCUCUGGCCACGCUGCUCAGCUUCACUUGGACUGUGGCUUUGCCUGUUCUGCUUUGUGCUCUCAGUGUUAUGGACUUCCGGUGUGGGCAACAGAGGCAGCUCUAUAGCUGGAGAAAACCCGCGGGGUACUGGCCCGUGUGGGCGCGCCAGACGGCAGUAGCGCUACAGCAAGGCGCGCUACUCUGUGUUCCCGCGGCUGCCUUCGUGCAGACGUGGAGAUAUAUGAGCAAAGGACCGCCGGAUAUUUUAGACGAAUAUGAAGAGUAUAGGAGUGCGAAUAGUGAAUGCUUGGAGGAGCUGCGUAUCCAGAACCUGUACCGUCCGCCCCUCGGCGGCAGGGGUGCGGGUGGGGGCGCCCCCUCCCCCCGCGCGCCCCUCGCCCCCGCGCCCCCCGCCCCCGACCCGCCGCCCAAGUACACCCCCCCACCGUCGUACUCCACCGCUACUGGUGCGAGGUUGCUCAACACUAUACGCCGCAGCUUCCGCACGCUCAGAAGAAUAACGUCCGCCCGCGCGCCGUCCCCCUCGCACUCGGCCGCCGCCCCCAUCACGCUGAGCGAGACAGUCGACCGCACCUCCCCCCCGCACUACACCCCGCCCACCAUCACCGUCUCACAUGAAGCCCACUCUUCUAACUCCCUCUCACUAACCAGAGACUACCUCCGACGAUCCUUCGUCAGAAAAAGUGAUUCAGCCAAAAGUAUACGAUCAAGUCUUAGAAGAAGCUUUAAGUAUGGAGGAGGGUUAACGACGAGUCAUGAGCAUUUGGUAAGGGAUGCGGAACCGAUUUCGAAUACAGUGGCUAUGUCCGCCAUGUUGGAGGCAGAUGAUCCACCAAAUGUUACGCGCAGUUUGGCCUCUGUUAUAUAAGCUGGAAAUGAUAAUCAUAUUAACCUUUUCGACGCCGUGUCAAACACAAAAGCUGUCACUCGGACGCCACGUCACCGAAAUGUCAAAACUAAAAUUGAACUUUAUGCACAUGCAUAUGUCUAUGUUGCUCUGUGGUCUGUGACGAAUUAAUCGGUAUUUGGCGUUGGACCUGCGGUGCCGAUAUAUCGGUCAUUGGCGUCCAAAAGGUUAACAAAGACGCCUCAAUGAACUUUCAGAAUGACUCAAUUGAUUCAUACUCAUGUAAGUUUAAAAGUUCAAAUUAGGAAGUUUCUAUUUUGAGAAGAAAUUUCCUCUCUUUAAGACGAAAGUGGAGGACCCGUGAGAAAUCGCAUUUUCAUACCUACAUUCCUCAUUAGUAGUCCUCAUUUUUAUCUGGAUAUUAACUUUGUUAAAAAUAUUUUGACGUAAUUUGUUGUACAACCGCAGCUAUGCCCCUACGUUUAUUCCAAUUUUUAAUUAUUAGAAGUGUUAGCAUACAUUUUUAUGAAAUUAGUGUUUUACUCCUAAUUUUGACAAUAAUAAAAAAAUCGAAAAAAGUCAAACGUAGGGGCAUGGCUAUGGUUAGUGUACAUCAAAUUAUGUAACAACAUUUUUUAUUACGUCAAUAUCCAGAGAGGAAAAUGGGGACUACGUCUGUAUGGAGAAGCGGCCGUCCCCUUUCUCCUCUUAAUCUCUAAUUGCAAUCGACCAAGUGAACUUGACAACUUUUUUAUACUACGUCGGUGGCAAACAAGCAUACGGCCCGCCUGAUGUUAAGCAGUCUCCGUAGCCUAAGUACGCCUGCAACUCCAGAGGCCGCAACUACAACAACUACGUGCUUUUAAAAUGUAGAACACAUUCUAUCCAAUAGCCAAGAAAACUUUGGUAGUGUCUGACUCGAAAUCUUCAUUUGCAAAAUUUGUAAUUUUCAAACAAAAGAUAAAUAAUGUUAAUCAUAAAUUGUGUGUGUCUGCCGUAAAGAUUACUUGGGAAUUCUCAUCAAUAACAGCAAUGUACCUUUUGUUUGAAAACUUCACAAAUAAUUUGCAAUAUGGCAAUGAUAAAGAGUUGACGUCAAAGAUACAUUCAUAUUUCUGAACCUUGCAUUGUAGGAGUACAAAAGUAAAGGUCAUAAAUAUACAAACUAUUUUUACCUUAUUGGAAUGAUUUAAGGUUGAGAAUUGUAUACAUAUUUUUGACGUUGACAUUUAUAUAUGGAAAAUACUUGAUUUUAGUGUGGUCAGGACCAAGGUUUGGUGUUUGUUAGAUGGUUGCUUAGUAUUGAUAGACUGCCCAGUGUAUUAGUAAGGAUUAGCGAAUGUAAUAGCAUAGAUUAGUAUAUGUUAUUACUGUAAUAGGUCUAAAGAGGCAUUAAAAUAAACUAAAGUGUGCAGAAAUGUAUAACGAAUGAAUAGAUAGUUGAUUGUAAGAUCUGAAAUGAUAGAAUCUUUGGUAAUCGAAUUCUAAAUGAUAAGUUAUGAAUUGAACAGUAUUGUUUUUAUUAAGUUUAGUCCUGACUGUAUGAUUAGUGAAAAGUUUUAGUGUCAAUAAUAGUGUCAAAAUGUAGUACAGUUACUUUUGAUUUGACCACGUAGUUAUUUUAAAGAUAUCAAUUUUAUAUUGUAUAUCGAGUAUUUAUUUUACACAUUCAUCACUUUCAUUUUAAAUACAUCUCAUUUAAAGCGUAUACUUUUAUUAAAAAAGUCCAGCAUUCUGCCAAUGGCAUAUUACUACAAAUACAAUAAGAUUACGUUGAUUGGCUGAAUACAAUUUUAUUGUAUCUGUGGUCUUUUACCAUUGGACGGAUGAUAUUCGAAUAUCAAAAGUAUACGCUUUUAUAUUUCGAGCCAUGUUAAUAGUUUUACACAAUUAAAUAUACUUCGAUAGCUUAAGACUGUAUACUUAAUGAACUUGAUAAUAAAUUCAGAGCUUAGUAACGAUGUUUUAAGACUUGAAAUUGUUAAGAAAACUCGUGGCAGUUAUUUUAGUGUAGUUUUUGUACUAGCAAAUGUGUUCUCUUUAGGUUAAGUUGUUGAGUGCAUGUUUAUUGUAUUGAGUAAGAUUUUUAUGAAUGUUUUUGGGUGGGAGUGUUCUGUAGGCGUUGAAACGGUCGAGUUUUUGGUACUUAAAGUGCGAUUUAGCAAGACGUAGUGAUAAGUUGAUAACACUUCGUUGUAGCAUCCAAUGUUGCAAAGAAUGUAGUUACAUUGGUGACAGUCAAUACAUGGGAUUAGGUCAACAUUGAGUUAUUAUUACUAUAGAGAAGCCAUACCAAAUAAUGAAAUUGUCGCGUUCGCGACAUGUACCACGUGACCAAAACGUCGUAAGGGCCGUGAAUUUAAUGGCGCUUACGCGUUUAGGUCACGAGAUUCACUCCGCUUCCAUUGUUUGUUGUCGGCCGGUUCUAUACGUAGUCUAGUAAUAAUAGUUCAAUGUGUAGCAAGUACAUCACAACGUAUCGACCGGAGUUAUUAUUUGUUACAUAACUUUUUGAUGUUAAACACCAAAAUAGUCUUAAAACUGCUAAAUAUUUUAUUUUUUACUCAUAUUCCGCACCAUUUGAAAGUUAUGUAGCAAUGAUUAGGUGAUUUAUAAGUACAAUGAAUCUACAGUUAGUGAGUUUUUAGUUUUAUUUUAGAUAAGUUUAGCUUCGCGGCAGUUCCUUUUUUUGCAUUUAACAGUGCUCGUUUAAAUUAUGCUCUUGGAAAAUAUUCUUAGUUCUAGUCACUAACAUGCUUCCUCCUUAUUAUACAAGUUUUAGGAACAACAUCACAUGCAUUUUUUUCUUUUUACAUUCCUUUGUUGCAAUAUGUAUUUACAAAUAAACAUAAUAUUAAUAAGUAGAACAAUAAGAAUAAUAAAAGUUUUUACUACAAA